AUGUCAGAGCAAGAAGCUCAAUCCCUAUUUGGCACAGAAAGAGAAGCAGCGCUAGCAUUAUAUCGACGCUAUACCGAGCAAGAGCUAACACAGGCGGCACUACUCAAUGUGGAUGAUGACUUUCUGGCCCUUCAGGCGCUCAUAUUAUUCUUGACUGUCAACCGUAUGCUGGGCGAGGUGGAUAUUGCUUGGAAGCUUACGGGUCUAGCAAAGCGAUCCUCAAUUCUUCAGAGGACUGAUCUUCCGCCCUUUCAGCUGGAGCUCCAAAAGCGAAUGGCAUGGCAGCUUUGGUAUCUAGAUCACCGUGCAGGUCAAGACCAUGGCCAACAUGAUGGACCACCCAGGACGCCUAGUGUUGAUCCACCGACCAAUAUAAAUGAUUCUGACUUUGGCCCGACGUCUUCUAUUCUGCCAGUAUCCUCCUUAGGAUGGACAGAGCAAACAUUCGCUCUUGCACGCUUCGAUAUUGGGAUUACUCGAAAUGAGUUGACCAAGGCCAUGCCCCUUGACAAAAAAAGACAAACGAUCGAAGAGUGUCAACAAUGCAUAACAAGAAAAUACAUCAAAUAUUGCACUGAUGAUCAGAAUUCAGUCCAAUGGUUAACCCGACAUGUGUCGCAUGUUCUGAUCAUGGAGAUGUGGUUCGAAUUGUACAGUGCCGAUACCAUUCCUAUUAGUUUACAGCUAGUCGGAACUAGAGUAUAUCAUGAGCAAACCUUUCAGGAUCAUCUAUUCUUGCAGGCUAUUGAUAUAGUCGAUACAUCAACACGUCUACACAUGGAGCCUUUGUCUCGCAGAUGGAAAUGGCUUCUUAAAGGGUAUCAACAGUUUCGUCCCUUAUCAUUCCUGAUCAAUGAGCUUCUUUAUCGAAAAAAAUGUGCGGCCGUUUCGCAUGCAUGGACGAUCGUCAAAAAAGCCCUGGAUCAGCAGCCAACUCAAGUACGAGACUCGGUCAACGGAAAAGCGCUUGACGCUCUUAAGGCGAAGGCUAGGGACAUCCAAGACCGCAUUGGGGAUUAA